CCCCGGCCCCUUGCCGGCGCCUCUGCCGCCGCGGCCCGCGGGCCGUCCCCAGCCGGCCGCCCCCGGCCCCAGCGCCGCUGACCCUGUCCUCCGCGGGCGGGGACGCGGGCGGAGGAGGUGCCGCCGCCGAGCCCCCGGACGCGACCAUGUCGGAGGUGCUGCCCUACGGCGAUGAGAAGCUGAGCCCCUACGGCGACGGCGGCGACGUGGGCCAGAUCUUCUCCUGCCGCCUGCAGGACACCAACAACUUCUUUGGGGCCGGGCAGAACAAGCGGCCGCCCAAGCUGGGCCAGAUCGGCCGGAGCAAGCGGGUUGUUAUUGAAGAUGAUAGGAUUGAUGACGUGCUGAAAAAUAUGACCGACAAGGCACCUCCUGGUGUCUAACUCCCCCAAAGACAAUGAGUUAAAGAAUGAGAACAGCUGCGGUAACAGUUAUUGGCAAAAAGCAUGAAAAAGAGAAAGCACUUUGAAAUUUAUUACUAGCUUGCUACCCACGAUGAAAUCAACAACCUGUAUCUCGUGUCAGGCCGGGAGACAGAUGAGGCAGGAGGUAGAGGAGGAGGAGGAGGAGGUGAAGGAGGAGCAGGCUUUGGGCUCCUCUGCAAAAAUAAAAAUUUAAAAAAUAUAUAUAAAAUAAAAAAGUUCUAAAAAUCACUAUAUACACACAUAUAAAAAGUCUCAGUUGCAGCUAUUUGUCAAGAUUAAUAUCUAUUUCUUUUUAUAUACGGUGAAUAUUGCGCAAUUAUAGAUCUGGAUUUUGAACCACUUAACGAAGCGACAGCACCGGGCGUUUUGAGGUGUUGGCAUUCUUCGCUGAUUUGGCUGUAUCCAAUGUUUACAUUAUUUCAUCUUGCAAAAAUGAUUCUGUGCGCUUGGAUGUGAAAAUGCUGUCCAGUUUUAUUUUUUUAUGUUACCCUUGGAUGUACAAAGAAAUGAAGAAAGGAUCUCUGUAGAUACUGUUUUAUUUUGCUCAUCUUUGGAAGUUAUUAGGAAUGUGUUUAAAACAAAAAGAUAACUUUUCUAAGGAAUGAGACAUAGAAAGGAUCCUCCUUUUAUUUUAAAAUGCAUUGUAAAGCUUGUGUUUCUUUGUUGCUGCAAGCUAUUUGCCCAAGUUAAUGCAAAUGGACACAUUUUAUAUGUCAGGAAAAGAAAAAACCAUGAAAAACAAAAAAAUGCUUGAGCUUUUUCUAACCUUCCCCUGCAGUCUGUUGUGUGAGCCGCUUGUUUUUUUCUCUAAUAUUGUGUCAGUUUAUUCUCUUUAAUGGACUGUAAAAAAAAAAAUGUAAUCACAAGAGUGCCAAAUAUCUUGAAAUGCCAAAAGGCAUUUUGGUUUCUUUCCUUUUUCCCUGUGCUCUGAGUCCACGUACAGGAAUGCUUGGAGUGUCUUUUCUGUUAUUUAUAGGGGUUCUCUUAAGGCGCACCAGCUGCCUGUUUUGCAUGGUAUUUGCAAAAAUGCCUCUUGCGUGAGGAAUCUUUUACCAUUUCUCUUUUCUGUUUUGUUUGUUUGUUUGCAACUUUGAACCUCAAGAGGUUUCCCUUCCUUUCUCAGUUUCCUCUUUUCUUAAUUCGAUAUUCUGUAUGUUGCACCUUGAACCAGCACACAGGGCUAUUUCUCCAAUGUACAAUAAAGAACUGUUCCUGUGUCUCACUCA